UGUUGGAAUUUUAACCAAAAUGGUCGUCGACCGAAGAUUCGUGCGGUAGCAUGAGCGAUUCGGACGAUUUUCGGUAAUAUCGAGUCGCAAAUCGUCGAAUUUUCAACGGAAUCGCGUGUCGGAUUUGUGUGCAAUAUCCGUUUAAAAAGUGCGGUGCCGAAAUAGGCUAAUCGCGAACAGUUAUCACCGUUUAAACGAUGUAGUUUUCGCCGUACAAUGCAGAGCGUAACCCGAAAAAUGAUAAGACCAGACCGAUGUUUUACUAGUGUCCGGUUUUUUAGCGGUAUUCCGUUCGAGGGAUAAAUACCUAAUAAGAUAACCAAGUGGGGUUCUUAUUGACACCACAAUGGACAAAUUGCACUUGAAACGCGAUGGUCCACCGCCCCCAUCGGUUGAACCGCCGUCGGAGACCUGUUUCGUCUGUGGCAAUCGCGGCCACCAACAAUCGUACUGGUUGAGCGCGAAACAGAAUCCUACGAAGCCGUCCGAGCCGUACUUCCCGUUUCUGGAGACGCACGAGCCGCCGGCCGGCUGUUGUCCGGUGAAGAGGGGUGAUGGGGCCGCUUCUGUACCCGCUUGCUACCUCUGCUACUCGCUGUUGCUGCAGCAGUGGGACGCGUACGAGCGCACGAAUCGGCCUCACGUCGAGCGCAUGUACUGGUUGAAACGUGUUGACAACGGCGCGUAUACUGGAGCGGAGAUGGGCCUGCAGGGCGAGUACGCAGCACAACUGCUCGGUUUAGGCAACGAGGGCGGUUCCUCGGGGGGCCUUAGCAUUAGGACGACCGUACCGGGCGCUCCUCGUGAAGAUCAACCGAUUAGAAUUAGUCCUUCGCCGAAGAUUACUCCAAUGAUAACCGAUUCAAGCAGCGUUCUUAUUGAUCGCGAAGACGAGCCUGCAGCGCUAGACCUCACUCACAGUUCAAGUACCCGCAGUUCCCCAUUAUCCUCAUCCAUCCAAGUGUAUCAUAGCCAAAACUCCAAUUCUUCAACCGGUACGGAUAUCCUAGAUCUAAGUAUGCCUGAUAAAAAUUCUACAACCGAAGUCUGUUACGCCUGUGGAGACGAGUUUAAAAAAGGGAGUCUGGUUUACAUAUCAGCAAAACAAGCAAAACUCAACUCAGCGGAACCGUUCUAUCCCAGCCUUAUGCUACAUCCCCGACCACCGCGAUCCAGCCCUAUGGACCAACAAUGUAAAGUACAAGCUUGCAUCGAAUGCCAGGAACAUCUACUACAACAAUGGCACGCGUUUCAAGCAAAAGGAACACCGCACGCUGAUCGAAACUACACUUUAAGAAAACGUCAAGCGCCCGCGAUUGAUACGACGACGUUCGUAUGUUAUAUUUGCAGCUUAGAGUAUCCAUCGCGUAGCUUAAGGCUUCUUUAUUGCUGCGAAAAUCCGGAUAAUGAGCCGUAUAUACCUUACAUUCAAACGUUGAAAGCGCCUCAAGGAGCCAGCCCGGUCAGUCCACAAGGUAUGGUCCAAGUCUGCUCCAUUUGCUAUAAAUCGGUGCCGCAGAAACACAAAGUUUACGGUGGAGAUGGUAGCGGAAUGUUGAGUAAUCACAUUACUAUGGGCGAUGCAAAUCAGUACCACAAUAGUAAUUCUAGACCGGCCGUUGUUAAGUCUCCAGCUAACAGUUCUGGGUCUGAUAUACGGUAUAAACCUUAUGAAACGAGUAAAUCGAUUACUGUUAGUAAGAAGAAACAAGCUGCUAAUGAAUUAAGGCAAAUGGCAAAGGUUGGAAAUUCGCGUUCCAUAUCACCAACCGGCGACAUAAACGGUCAAGCAGGCGGUCAAAGUUACAGAUGUUACAUAUGUUCCGGUUUAUUUCCAAGGGCUCAAAUGGAAUGGCUUAGUACAAGUCCUGAAGGAAUGAAUUCUCAUGCGAUGCACUUUCCGUGCUUGCGAAACGUGGCUAGGACAUCUGAGAACAGUUGUAUGGACUCGCACGGAAGGGUUCUUAGCUGUACUCGAUGUGUUAACCAUUUGGCGCAACAAUGGGAUACACAAGAGGCCGAAAGAGUUCCUUUAGAACGAAGAAAAUAUGACAUUCCUCUUCCCGACCCAGGAACUGUAAAUGGUGAUAGAGGCAUUACUCCGCCAACGUCAGAACGUAGCAUGGUGAGCAAUCCAGGUGGAAGUAGUAUUUACUGUUUCUUGUGUGGAUUACAUUCGGAAUUUACAUUGGCUAGAGUCGUGUAUAGUACACCGCAAGGUCGCAACGCUCCAUAUUUCCCAUUCCUUCUCAAACACAUAAGUCCUCCAAAUGCCGAACAAUUGCGUGAAGCUAAUGGAUCCGCUUUGGUGUGUACGUUUUGUUACCAUAGUUUGGUGAGCCAAUGGAGACGAUAUGAAGCAGCUCCAGAUCCUCCAAAUGCUGAUAAUAGGGAGUAUAAUUUCCAUGAUUACUGUUGUUAUGUGUGUGGAAUAACUACUUAUCGAAAGAGAGUGAGAGCUUUGCUUAUAAAGGAUUUUCCAUUUUUACGCUUUCAUCCUCAACCGGAGCUCUCAUUAUUACUGGAAAACGGGGAUUAUUCUGUCGUGUGUUUGGACUGUUAUGAAACAUUGCGUACCCAAAGCUUGGAAUACGAACGGUGGGGACUCCCUUUGGAUAAACGACAGUACAAUUGGAUAACUCAACCUCCACCACCUGAAGAUAGUCCUGAGGCUACGUUUGCGAGACUUCCAAGUGGACAACGUAGCGAUAAAGUAGUUCCACAAACUUUUGUAACCAGACCCGGUAGGAAAAACUGCUCUCCAAAGACUGCUGAUAGAAGACCAACCAUUACUAAAGCUGAUACUGUUACGGCAACUCCAAAACCUAUAGCAUCAACAAAUGGUAGUUCAAAGCAACGGUCAACAACUGGUCACGCUGUUCCGGGGCCGGGUCCUGGAGCUCAAUCUCAGGGUUCUCAUUCCUUUGCGGCAGCCUUACGAAAUUUGGCACAACAAUCUGUUCCCGGUACUAAUGAACAUCCCUCAACCUCUCAGUCGCAAACUACUGGAGAGACUCAUCGUAGAGAAUCAUCAGUCAGUCAAAAUACAUCGGAAAAACCAUCGAAAAUCAGCUCUGAACUGCCUAUAUUCAGUACAAAUACCCCAACUAAUUUGCGGGCGCCUUCAGAAAAUAGGCUUCCUAAUGCAAACGAACGCUACGCCGAUGUUAGAAGCGGGUUUCAACCAUAUCGUCCGGAAGAAAGGAUACCUGCACUGCCAUUGGACGUUCCUGUUUAUCCACCACCUUAUCUUUAUCCACCAAUGUUACUGGAUGAUCCAUUAUAUUUAGAGAGAAUGGGUUUUAUGAGACCAUCAUGGGGUCCUUUAGGACCAACAUAUUUACCUUAUAUCACUCCUCCAACGGGAAUGCCAUCACUGUAUAUGCAUGAAAGAAUGAAACUCGAAGAAGAACACAGACAUCGCUUAACGCGAAAAGAGGAGCAAAUUGAAAGGGACCACUUAGAAUUGUUACACCAACAACGAGAGCGGGAGCAACGCGAAAAAGAGCGAAUACAAAGAGAAAGGGAGAAAGUGCAAUCAAGGGUAUCCCCUCAUGUUCCUCCCUCCCACUUAACCGCGCAACCACCGUUAAUGCUUUCUAUGCUUCAUGGUGGAAUGCUACCCCCGAAAGACCUUUAUCCGGCCCCUUUAAGUCUUUCGACAAGGCAAUCUCCAUUAAGUACAGGUCUUUUACCUCCAGGUCCAAUCUCAACUCAACCAUAUCCAAUUCCUAGGUCCAGUCCAUCACUUCAAAGACACUCCCCACAUACAAGCAUAAGUCUGCCAACGCCUUACACAUUAAACCUUUCGCAACCUCAGAGGCACUCGCCAGUUAUUCAGUCUUCGUUUCCCAUGAUGAAUAACCUUCAAACGUCUAAUCAACCGAGCAGGAUCUCUCCUAGGCCUCCCACUCCAAAACAGAUUAAGACUUCCGUUCCGAGCGCGACAAACUCGGAUCUUGGAGGUGGCGGCGGCGGACAGGUGCCAAAGAAUCUGAGUACCAAACCUGCCUCGGAGGAAGCCUCCUACGUGGCAAGCGCAGCCAGGAAGCCUCCCAUAGCAGCGAAUACCUCAUCCCAAAAUAUUUCAGCGACAACAAAUUGCAGCGAAACCACCCCAAAACACACUUGCCCGUUGCCAACGAAAUCGGAGCCUCAAACAACGGCCGUCAAGCGUUUCAACAUCGAGGAUAUCGUCAGUCCGAACUUUCGUAGUGGCGGUUGCUUAAAAGAUCAACAAGAGUACGAAUCGACCAACAAGAAGAAGACCAACAUUUCCGAAAAAGAAGCGACUCCAACAGUAAUCGUUCCUAACUAUCAGCUGCUCGCGCCUAGUAGCGCCGUCGAUAACAAGAAAGAUGUUAAUAAUAAAUUAUUUCAUAACGUGCCAGUAAAACAUAUUGUUAGUGCGGUAGAAAGUGCUUCUACUAAUAAUAAAAAUAAUAAUAUUAACGAUACGUGUAUAAACAUUGUAAAUAUAAUAACUGAAAAAACGAGAACUCUCGAACAAUCAUAUAAUAAUCACGAAGACAAUACGAAGAAAUCGCCGGACGAGGACUUUGACGGUGAAAUUGAUCGAGUCAAAAUCUUGCAGAACAUCAAAUUAGUAAAUAAAAGCGUCUUGGAUUCGUUAACGAAUUCGAAUGAUGUUAUUAAAAACAACAUCGACAAUUCAAAGAUAAUCGAAAGUAUAAAAUCGGUGAACGAGAACGUCGUAGAUAAAUUGGCAAAUUCGAACGCCGAAGUGAAACAUGCAUUCACGCCAAUGAACGCAAUGUCGCAACACACCCAAACGCAUAGUCCACAGUUACCACUACCGUCACCCAAUUAUCCUGUGCAAAGUCGAUUGUCUCAAACGGACCUGUCGUACAAGAUGGAGGGCGAAACAAAUGUUCCUAUAGUAAAUAAUAAUUACCUAAACACACCUCAUGUACCUAGUCAAGUUUGCAACGGCGCGCCCGAGUCCAUCGUCUUACCAAACGAACACAAUUUUGACAUUGAAAAGAUGUUAAACACCGACCACCAAGACAAGUUCGUCCACCAAGAUAGUAUCAACAAGUCUUCUUAUACAAUACUGUUCGACAACAUUGAGCAACAACAAAAAACGCCCAAUAACAAUAACAUAUCUGUGAUUAUUGAGAAUACUAGGAAAAAUAACAGUCUGAUAAUCUUAGAAGACGUAAAACAUCUCCAUAAUCAAGUCGUGGAUAGAAAGCAAAACGAGAAUGUUGAACAACAACAUCAAAAAAAUAAUAAUAUCAUUCGAUAUUUCGAUAAAAACUCACGAACGGUUUUGAAUGUACCAAAUUUACAUUUACAACCACCAAUUAAACGACCGAAACUAAGCAAAUUGGAUAGAAACACCAUGAAGAGGAAAGAGAAAAGACUCAGACGGGAUGGAAACAAAGUGAAAGUGAAUAAAGAAAAUAUUGAUUCCGGCGUCGAUCAGAGUAAAUGCGUCAUGACUGAUUUUGGAGUUAAAGUAUACAGCUAUUCGGAUAGUUCGUGUUCGAGUAUUUAUUCCACCUCUGACUUUGAAAGCGACACUCCAGAUGUUGACCUUGAAAUUAGAAGCGGACCACGACCAAUCGUUGAUAGAACACCUGAAAAGUUGGAAUUUUUGGAAAUUUUUGGUUUAACUACGUAUGAAGCAAAAAAUUCUCUUGAAUUGACAAAAUUGGAAAGAAGAAAAUGGCACCAUGGCUGGUUGUAUCCUGAAGAAAAAGCGUACAACGAAAAUAAACUUAAUCUGCCUAUACCUUCCUCAUCACCUUGCGAAUUAAACACCACCAAGGAUUAUCAACAGAAGAGGAAUUUUUUAAGUUGCCUUGGAUUAAAAACUGUACCUCCAAAUGAUGUCAAAGAAAUUGAAUUAAACUGGAUGAAAAUCAUUGAUGAACGAGUAAGAAGAAGCGGCACAUCAAAAAUAACAAACUACAGUUACGAAUCGCAUAAGAAUAUAGUAGAAAAGCUAGAUGAUCAUAUAAAAGACGAAUCUGAAAUAAAAACCGAACAUCAAGACAAUAAAAAAAAUCACACGACGCCGAUACUAAUAACGCCAUUGCUUCCUGUUGUGACUCCAAAUGGAAUAAAUGAAUUCAAAGACGUACACCUUCAAAUUCCAAAAGUGAUUGGCUCAAAAACACUUCUCGCUGAGAAUGUGAAUCCCAACAACGAUUUGAGACGAAAUUCCAGUCAGAAUUUGUGCGUGCCUGUUAAAAUGGUUUUGUAUAAAAGUAGGGGUGAAGAGAGAAGCGUUCAAACUGAUCAACGGAAUGUUCUGGUUGAAUGGCCGGGUGUUCAAGAUAUUAUGAACCUCUACCACAAGCAUGCUUAUGCACGGUCAGUUGAGAUCAGGACGUUGAGGAGCAGAUGCGCCGUGCUGAAGAGAGAGAUGGAAGUCAAAUUGGACGAGAUGAAGUAUUUGGAGAGGAAACACCGCGAUUUGCAUUCGAAGAAAUUCCUCUCCGAUCAGGAGAGAAUCAACCUACAGACUGCUGUCGACCACUUGACCAAAAUAGUAAAGUCAUUUAGGUAGCAGUAACGAUUGAUAAUUUUAUGUUCGCAAGAUACAUAUAUACCGAUUUCUUUUAAUUACCAUUUUAUUUGUUAAUUAUAAUUAUUUAAUUCUGUUUAGUUAUUGAACGAUUAGAGGUUGUCGCAAAAUUAGAUGGCAAAAAAGUAAACGGAAACAUAAUUGACUGUGAUCAUCAAAUUUGUACUGAACGAUACGAACAUUUAGAGAAAAAAUGGCGAGAAAGUAUUAUUGAAAAUAUUGUUUUAUUUUUUUUUAGUUGUUAAUUUAUUCAUUAAAGAUCAAUUACGUUUUUAAAAAACAAUUUGUUGAUGAAAAAAUGUUGUACGAAACGUUAAUGAGAUCCGAAUUAAAAUUUGCAUAUGUAGUUUUAACACAUAUUUUUUGGUAUGUCUUUAACUUUUAAGUUACGGGUUAUUAGUUAGUUAGAAGAGUGGUGUUCACUGAUUCUGUGAUAAAUACAAUUUUAGUAACCUUGACGUAAACACUGUUUCUAGCAUGACAACUUAAUAAAUGUACAGAACAUGUCAAAAUUAA